CUCUGGUCGUCACUACUGUUCCAUUCCGCCACCAAACCGCGUUUUCUUUCUCUGGCUUUUUCAUAAAUUUCUCCUUCUCUCUUCAAACCUAAAACCCAGCUUCAUCGUCAUCAUCAUGAAAGUGUUAUCAUCAAGUGAUCAUUUCUAUGGCUUUUCUCCUUAACCCCCACAAGCUGUUGCUAAUCUUCUUCUACUUUCUUUCUUGUUCCUUUCUCGCCAUUAAUUCACUUUCAAGUACGGUUUCCAUUUCUGAAACUUCCAACCACACAGUGAUCUGUGCGUUGCAGAAUACGGACAAGCUUCAAGGACAAAUAGCAUUCCUCAACUGUACCAGCUUUCCCACUGGCAUUCAUAUUCAAGUGAACCCCAACAUUUCCUUCUCUGAGAUUGCAGGAGGAAAUGGGUUUCUCUGUUCAUUGAGGCCACCAAUGCGUUCUCUUUCUGCCUCUUCUUCUGUCAUGUUUUGUUGGAGAUUCUCUUACAAUGAUACAAAUGUUGUUCCCAAGCGCGUAUACCGUGGGCCUGUGAUUCAAGAUCUGGAAGCAGGAAACUCCCAAAUUUGUGGCCUAUCAAGCUCCAACAAUGGCCUUAACUGCUGGCGAUGGCCUCGGUUCAACACGAGUAUUGUGAAAAGCUUCUCGAGCAUAUCUGUGGGAGAGAAUUUCGUUUGUGGGUUAUUGGAAACAUCUGGGAAUAUUAAUUGCGUAGGAAAUAAUAAUAAUGGCAUAGUUGGGCAUGAACCCGAAGGAAAUUUUUCUGUGAUUGCUGCAGGGUCGAGACAUGCUUGUGCUAUCUCCUCCAUUAAUGGAAGCUUGGAUUGUUGGGGUGACGUACCAGCAGGCACAAUGACGACGCCUCAAGGGAGAUUCAUCUCGCUGGCCUUGGGAGAUAAUAGAACUUGUGCUUUGAGGGCUGUGAACCGAACAAUUGUUUGCUGGGGUGCAGAUAGUUUCAGAAUUCCGGAGAGCUUGAGAAACGAAUCUUUUCAAGCAAUUACAGCUAAAGAAAGUGUUUUCUGUGGUGUCGUAUCUGGUGAUUAUUCUUUAUAUUGUUGGGGAAACGAUAAUUUGGGGAUGAACGGGACAGCUUAUAAGGUGUAUGAUAAGGUCCUACCUGGUCCUUGUAGGACUGAAUGUCCUUGUGGACCAUUGCCAGGUUCUACCCAAUUCUGUGUUCGGGGUCAAGAAUCUAUUUGCAGUUCUUGUGAGAGCCAACAACCUGAAUCCCCACAGUCGCCCUCGCCACCGCCGGCGCUUGGGCCAGUAAGUGUUGCUUCACAAUCAGGGCAAAGUGAUUGGAGCAGCAAAAUGGUGGCAUUUCUAGUGGUUGGCUGUAUUGGUUCACUUUCUUUGAUACUAGUCAUGGCAUUCCUUGUCUACAAGUAUUGCAAAGGCCGAGGAUGCCGGCGUGUCCACGACUCCGGCCGGUUGGAUGAUCCAGAAGAUCAACCGGCAAGCCAACAACCAACUUUAGAGAAGAAACUAAGCCAUAUGAUUAGCCUCGGAAAUGGAGGCCAUUUGGAGGAAUUUUCUCUGCAAAUACUAUUGGAAGCAACCAACAAUUUCUCAGAAAAUCAAAAAAUAGGAUCAGGCAGUUUUGGAUCAGUGUACCAUACAACACUCGAAGAUGGAAGAGAAGUCGCCAUUAAAAGAGCUGAGAUCUCACCCACCUCCCCAUCUUACAAAAUCCCAGGAGGCACUAAGCGUCAAGAAGACAAAGACAAUGCGUUUGUGAAUGAACUCGAAUCAUUAUCCAGACUCAACCAUAAGAACCUGGUGAGAUUACUAGGUUUCUUUGAGGACAAGAAUGAGAGAAUUCUAGUCUACGAGUUCAUGAACAAUGGCAGCCUAACUGAUCACCUUCACAAGUUCCACACUUCAACCUCAAAUUCUCCUCUCAUGUCAUGGUCAGGACGCAUUCAAGUAGCUCUAGAUGCAGCCAGAGGCAUAGAGUACCUGCACGUGUAUACGAUCCCGCCAAUCAUUCAUCGCGAUAUUAAAUCGGCCAACAUACUAUUAGACGCCAAAUGGACAGCCAAAGUAUCAGAUUUCGGACUCUCCUUAAUGGGUCCUGAAGAUGAAGAGUCGCAUCUUUCUCUUCUAGCUGCAGGAACCGUGGGGUACAUGGAUCCAGAGUAUUACAGGCUGCAACACCUCACUACAAAGAGCGACGUGUACAGUUUUGGUGUUGUUUUGCUUGAACUACUUUGUGGAUAUAAAUCUAUACAUAGGAACGAGAAUGGGACGCCAAGGAAUGUGGUGGAUUUUGUGCUGCCAUACAUUUUGCAGGAUGAGAUUCAUAGGGUUUUGGAUCAGAGAUUGCCACCACCAACACCGUAUGAGAUAGAGGCAGUGGCAUUUGUGGGAUAUUUGGCUGCAGAUUGUGUGAGUUUAGAAGGACGUGAUAGGCCAACGAUGACAAAUGUUGUAAAUAGGUUGGAAACAGCUUUGGAUGCUUGUUUAGCCCAACCAAAAUCAACACUCUCUCGUUUUAACUCUUCUAAUUCAGAUUAGUUGAAUUUUCCCCCCUUUUUUCAUUUUUUUCCCUUUUUCUUCUCAUUACUCAACGUUUUGCUUCCCUUUUAAACUGAAUAUGAAGAUAAUAUAACCAAAAAAAAGGAAAAGAUGAUUAAAGGAUCUAGCAUGAA